CUGAUUCCCCAUAGCGAUCAAUCCGAGCGCUGCAGUUGUCAGUAGGCUACACUUCGUUUUCCCGGGUCCAUGUUGAAGUUGGUCAGCCCAGACUUUCUCGCAUACUCAGCUUCGUCGGGUCAUUCCAGGGCAAGCGUUGCAUCUGUUCCAUCCCGCUCGCAGGUACAACAAACACCGACUACAUCCGCACAAACUCAGUAAGAGAGGAAUGCACCGGCGGAGUGUCGGAAAAUAGCAUUUCUGUGUGCCGACCUGCGUAUGUGGAUUCUGUCUGGGGGCACUCGGCAGACUCCUCGACUCCCUCCCUCCCUCCCUCCCUCCGGCUCCAAUGGUGUAAGCCGACGCAUCACCGUGGGGGAUUCUGACACUCCGCACACAGCCCAGGCCAGUAUCAGAAGGCAGGGGAGGGUAUGAGAAUGGUGUCUAGGCCCUGAAGCCCAGCAGCAUGUCAGAGCAAGGAGACAAAUGCACCACCCCCCCGCUGGAAACAUGAGGCCAUGCAAAAUGGGUACAUCCCUAGUUACCUGGACAAGGACGAGUUAUGUGUGGUGUGUGGGGACAAAGCUACAGGAUAUCACUAUCGCUGUAUCACCUGUGAAGGAUGCAAGGGUUUCUUCCGGCGGACGAUCCAGAAGAACCUGAACCCAACGUACGCGUGUAAGUACGAGGCGAAGUGCAUCAUCGAUAAGGUGACCAGGAACCAGUGCCAGGAAUGUCGCUUCAAGAAGUGCAUCGCUGUCGGCAUGGCAACAGACUUGGUGCUGGACGACAGCAAGCGGCUCGCCAAGCGGAAGUUGAUCGAGGAGAACCGUGAGCGGCGGCGGAAGGAGGAGCUCCAGAAGACGGUGUGGGACCGGCCUGAGCCGUCCCAGGAGGAGUGGGACCUGAUCCGCAUGGUCACCGAGGCCCACAUGUCAACUAACGCCCAGGGCAACCACUGGAAACAGAAACGCAAGUUCUUGGUCGAGGAAGCAAUGCUACUUAAUGAAAUAACAUGUAAUUUAUUCUAUACUUCUGACCAGAGUGCAGUGGGGGUGAAGGAAACCAAGCCCGAGGACAUUGGUCAAGCGCCGGUCAUAAAUGCACCUGAAGGGAGCAAAGUGGACAUAGAAGCCUUCAGUCAGUUUACAAAAAUUAUCACCCCCGCCAUUACCCGAGUGGUGGACUUUGCCAAAAAGCUGCCUAUGUUCUGUGAGCUGCCUUGUGAAGACCAGAUUAUCCUAUUGAAAGGCUGCUGCAUGGAGAUCAUGUCUUUACGGGCGGCCGUUCGCUAUGACCCCGAGAGCGAGACGCUGACGCUUAACGGAGAGAUGGCCGUGACCCGCGGCCAGCUGAAGAACGGAGGCCUGGGUGUGGUGUCGGACGCUAUCUUUGAUUUGGGCUUAUCGCUGUCUUCGUUCCACCUGGACGACUCUGAGGUCGCUCUGCUACAGACCGUCAUCCUCCUGUCCUCCGACCGUCCGGGGCUGACCAGCGUGGACCGUAUUGAGCGCUGUCAGGAGGAGUUCCUUCUGGCCUUUGAACAUUACAUCAACUACCGCAAACACAAGGUGGCGCAAUUCUGGCCCAAGCUGCUGAUGAAGGUGACGGACCUGCGGAUGAUCGGGGCGUGCCACGCCUCCCGCUUCCUGCAUAUGAAGGUGGAGUGCCCCAAUGAACUUUUCCCCCCACUCUUCCUAGAGGUCUUUGAGGACUGACGGAGGGACAGACGCGCGCGCGCGCACACACCCUGCCAAGGUGUGUGUGUUUGUGUGUGGUCAGGGUGUGUGUGGGCGCCUGUCGGGGGCUACGACAGUGGGCCUCAGAGUGGCUCUAGGCGUCUUGGGACACGUUGGAGCUCUCAUUAGCACUACUGAGUCAUUUCAUUCCAUAGCUUUGGUAUAGCCUAGCUUCUCGGCCUAGUUUUUAUGGAUGGAACCAUCCCUUACGAUGCGGGUACAUGUGAAUAGCAUUUUCUUUUGGUUUUUAUUUUGUAAAUGUUUCACCUCUCCUCAGUUACUUCUCUAUAGGUUUUUUGUGUUAUUGUACAGUCAGUCAGUCGGCUUCUUGGUGAUUAUGUCUAGUUGUUGUUGUCGACAGCGCUCGUUCAAUCAGUCAUAUGAACCAUGCAACUUGUUUCAUUUUACUCCAGUUUAUUAUUGAGUUCUGACUCCACCAACCCUGAGAAGGUCAGUACUGUACAAGACAGUGACAGACAGCAGAAGCCAGUUAACCUGCAUUAUUCCCUUCCUUUUCGUAUUCUCUUCCUACGAGACUUCCCCAGUCAGGGGAUGUGUAGUAGCUUUCAUAUAGGUGUCCCUCUGGUGCUGGUGUUCUGUGAGACCUAUAUCUAUACCUGCUCAAUGCUGCCAUUCUAAUACACUCUUACUGUACUCACAUCAUUAACACCAUAGAAAUAGUAGAGCAGACAUUCUCAGUCAAGUCAUUGUUCUGUAAUGGGAUGGUUAUUCUAAUUCUAUUUCUAUGAUUCAAACCACAAGCUCCCACCUUGAGUAAACCUAGGUACAUUUCUAAACAAUGGCAAGGCACAACACUAAACAACUCAUCCACGUAGAAAGAGCUAGCUAAAAGAGGGCUUGUUUCUCCUCUUCUGUGUUAAACCUAAACGAUCAGGACAGAUAUAAAAGCACACUUUGACACGAAGUCAAGAAAAAGAUUAAAGCCGUUCAAUAGCGCUCUUUUUUUCAUGAUGCCACUCAUGCAGUGCCAAAAAAUUCAUCCAAUCAUUUUGGAUUGUUUCCCGGAACCAGGAUGCAUGAUAUAACCUGAUCUGAUUGGCUAUCAGUGACUUCUUCUAGAACCUAGAACAUGCUUCCGGCUCUCAUUCACAUUCUAGAGUGUAGACUCGCAUCAUGAAACAGAGCGUUAUAGAAACAGAGAGAAUGUUCUUGUUGUCACCAUGGCAUGUAGUUCCUGAGCUGCAGAUGGACAAAUCAGACAGACAGACACUGUGAGCUGUGACGCAGGCAGAAAUUCCUCCUGCUGUCUCACAAGAUUCCAUGGGAACUAUUUAACUAUGUUCAAGCGUCAUAUUAUAUUCUCAACAUGUGAGUUACUGAAAGUGAUCAUGAUGAUGAUCCUCUCAUAAGGACUGGUUGUUGCUAUGAUACUUGCUAAUUGGCUGAUUCAUGCCUGUAUGAAUGACAUGUGGGUAGAGUCAGGGGGUCAAACCCUUUCUAUGUUGACCACAGUCAGUGGAAUUCUGAGUCAGAGGAGAGAAUCGCUGCCACUAGGGGUGUAUUGGUACACUAUUUAUACCGGAACCGUUCGGUAUGGGGACCUCCGUUCGGUCCACACUGUGAACCCGAAUGAAUAGAUAAAAAAUAUCUUAAAACAAUAAACUACUAGGCCUAUAGGCUAUGCCUACGCUGCGUUGUAUGCCUCUUGAGUAAAUCUGAGCUGAAAAAAAAACAUUUCAGGCUAUUCCGUUAAAACAACUAGAGCCUAUGCACACAUUGUAGGCCAAUUAAAAUUAGAAUGUUAAUUGCCACAUUUCAAACUGUCCUUUUGUGAGGCGCAGCCGGGAGCUAGUUCUGUACGAUGGCGAGUGGUGUGGUCGAUACACCAGGAGCAUUCUCCAUCAUCUCCAGUUUGGGAACAUUUUGGUCUCCCAGUAGAUUACAAUGGCGGUGGACAGAGAGAGUAUAUCGCCACUGCUCAACCAGAAUAGCCUAUGCAGCUGCCAACACCUCAAACAUGUUGACACAUUUACGCCAACAUCACCCCAGUAUUCUUACCAUAGGAGCAAAACGGAAACGCAAAAAAACUAAACUAUUUUGUCUCCCCUCUGCAUUCAAGCAGCCCCCCGCAACUGAUUCUGACCGGGCCAAAGAAAUUCUAAGAGUGAUAGGUAUGUUUAUAGCCACGACUAUGCGCCCAUUCUUGGUGGUUGAGAACAGCGGGUUUCAGCACCUCAUGAAAGUGCUUGAGACACUACGAAAUUUGCACUCUUGCACCCAUUUCAGCAAACAGGUAGUACUCGCUCUAUACAAGCAAGCUAAAGACAAAGUUGUCAAUGAAUUGGCCAAUAUACCCUGUGUUGCGCUUACUACAGAUGGAUGAACCUCCAGGGCAACAGAUAGCUACUUAACAGUGACAGCCCAUCACAUUACCCGGAGUGGGAAAUGAGAAGUAUCGUGUGCCCACUUUGAGAGGCACACAAGUGCGCGUCUUUGUGUCUUUGUAAGAAAACAUUAUAGCAAAGGUCUCUCUAUAUACAAUGUCUGAGCCAUAUUUACAUAUUGAUUUCACACAUUAAUUGUACUUUUUAGUGUUGUUGUUGAUGAGUAAUCGUGUGUUUUUAUUUAAAAAAAAUACUGUGUUGGUAUUCCUGUGUUGGUAUUCAUAUGACUCAUGAUCAUGUAUGGAAUCAGGAAUACCAACACUUUGUAUUUUCUUAAAUAAACAAAAAUGAUCUACAGUAAAUGUUAGCCUUUCAUUUUCCCCACUGUACCGAAACCCAAUGAAAUCGUGACCCCAAAACCACAAUACAUACAGAACUGUGGGUUUGGUGAACCAUUACACCCCUAGCUGCCACAUUAAUACAAAAAAAUGAUGAUGCAACAUCAGCAGGGUACAGAGAAAAACUUGAUGAUAAGAAGAAAAAAAAAUCCUCUUUAUUUUGGUUGUAUAUUUCUUUUUAAAAACGUUGUAUGAUAUUGUGGUUUGUUUGCAACAGUUAAAAAAAUGUAUAAACUGCAUAAAAAUCCAACUAUUAUAAGCUUCACACUACUCCUCAAAGCAGCUUGUGUUUUCUCUGUAAAAGUGAUGCCUUUCAUAAAGCAAUAGACUUCGCAGUGUUUAAAUGACUAGGACCUCACAAUUCACACAAACUGCACAGUUAACAAUGCACAGACAAUCACAGAGAGACAGACAGGUAAUCAAACAGGAAGUGGCGCAGGGUCCAAUUACUUCCUGGUUCACAAGUUGAAUGGGGACACGGGCUAAGUCAAUGGCCCUAGAAUGAGUUGUGACAAUCAGCAUAUUUGAGGCAAUUCGUUUGAGACAGGCAACGGCGGCGCAGAAUGGCUAGUCUUGAUCACAUAAUGAGUAGUUAUUUGGAAUGCAAGGUGAUUUGUAGUCGUCUGUAGUUGAUCUCAAACAUGCACACUGCCGAAUGUCACCUUAUUCCACAAGAUACUUAUUAAAGCGCCAGUGUGGUAUUAUCUCUCGUAAGAGUGGUCACUCUUAAUAACUCAGUUACAAAACAAUAACAAAUGUUGCACCAAUAGAAAAGAAGCUAUUUUACAGUACUACAGAGGAUAAAAGGAUGUAUAUUUUCAGACUGCAGAAUUUUUUACAGAUAUUGUAUGCAUUAUGAACAUUUUACUGUUUUAUGUAAAUAACGGGAAAAAACUCUCUCUCAAUUUCAUUGCAAAACCACAAUGACAUACUGUUCUAGAUUUGCUUUAGAUAUAACUAUGUGAACAUCAUGAACUAGUAAGAUUCAUAGACGGAUUGAAGUGUUAGUUUCACCUUGACAAAAUAUCUGUUGGUUACUGUAUGGAACUAUAUCAGUGGUGGCUGGUGGCACUUUAAAUAAGGAGGACGGGCUCAUAGUAAUGGCUGUAAUGAAAUGAAUAGUGGUCUCAAACACGUCAAACAUCUGGUUUCCAUGUGUUUGAUACCAUUCCAUUCACGCCAUUCAUUAUUAUGAGCCGUCCUCUCGUCACCAGCCUCCUCUGAACUCAACAUAUACUAUACUGCAAAGUUGGGCUGGACAAUUUGAAUAAAGACCAGCUCCAUUUCUGAAAGCAUCACCAACAUCAGCCAAGCAAAUCCACUCACUGUUAAAAGAAUAACAAAUGAUUUACUUGUGUGUUUUCUUGUCUUAUUGUUUUAGCAGACAAAUACCAACAAUUUGCUGUUCAUGAUGUAGUAAACGUUUAUCAAUGAUAUCCAGAAUAUUGGAUGACAAGUCUUUGGAGAGAAAGAGAAUGAGCUUGCAGUGUGUGGUGUUAGUGUAAUUGAUUGAGAAUGAGUCUGUGGGUGUAGUGUUUUUGUACCAAAUUGAAACGUGUUGCACACAACGUUGCCUAUGGAGUUGAAUCUGACCUGUUUUGGAAAGACAGUGCUUUGACUUGGGUACCCUGGAAGAAAAGACAAGUUGCACAAAAACUAGAAUAAUUAUGAAUUUGGAUCCUCAUGAUUAUGAUGCUAUUUGCACGUAAUGUGAAUUGGAUCUUGAGAAUAAAGAUGGUUUUAAGAAAA